GUGCGGCUGCUCCGGCGGGGCGCGGGACAGGGCUCUCCUCCCAGCGCUGGGUCCUGGCAGACGCCCCAAGAUUGUUGUGAGGAGUCUAGCCAGUUGGUGAGCGCUGUAAUCUGAACCAGCUGUGUCCAGACUGAGGCCCCAUUUGCAUUGUUUAACAUACUUAGAAAAUGAAGUGUUCAUUUUUAAAAUUCCUCCUCCAAUUGGUUUAAUGCUGAAUUACUGAAAAGGGCUAAGCAAAACCAGGUGCUUUCUCUGUGGGCUCUCCAGUGGCUCGGAGCACCCAGGCUCUCCCCUCGUCCUCCCCACGACUGGCUCGUCCCCCUGGAAUAAACACACCGGCCAGCCCCACGCUCGCUCGCUCGGGCCCAGAGGGAGCUGAAGUUCAGGGCCGGCUCCGAGGUCCGGCGCUGCCAGCUUUCUAGUUUCCCCUUUGCCGCUCCCGCAUCUUGGACAUGCCAGGAUUAAAAAGGAUACUCACCGUUACCAUUCUGGCUCUCUGUCUUCCGAGUCCCGGGAAUGCACAGCAACAAUGCACUAACGGUUUCGAUCUGGACCGCUCGUCAGGACAGUGUUUAGACAUUGAUGAAUGCCGGACCAUCCCUGAGGCCUGCCGAGGAGACAUGAUGUGUGUUAACCAAAAUGGCGGGUAUUUAUGCAUCCCCCGAACAAACCCAGUGUACCGAGGGCCCUACUCGAACCCCUACUCGAACCCCUACUCAGGUCCGUACCCAGCAGCGGCCCCACCGCUAUCAGCUCCAAACUACCCCACGAUUUCGAGGCCUCUCAUAUGCCGCUUUGGAUACCAGAUGGAUGAAAGCAACCAGUGUGUGGAUGUGGACGAGUGUGCAACGGAUUCUCACCAGUGCAAUCCUACUCAGAUUUGCAUCAACACCGAAGGAGGGUAUACCUGCUCCUGCACCGAUGGCUAUUGGCUUCUGGAAGGCCAGUGCUUAGACAUUGAUGAAUGUCGCUAUGGCUACUGCCAGCAACUGUGUGCGAACGUUCCUGGAUCCUAUUCCUGCACCUGCAACCCCGGUUUUACCCUCAAUGAGGAUGGAAGGUCUUGCCAAGAUGUGAACGAAUGUGCAACUGAGAACCCAUGCGUGCAAACUUGUGUCAACACCUAUGGCUCUUUCAUCUGCCGCUGUGACCCAGGAUAUGAACUUGAGGAUGACGGUGUUCAUUGCAGUGACAUGGACGAAUGCAGCUUCUCUGAGUUCCUCUGCCAGCAUGAGUGUGUGAAUCAGCCCGGCACGUACUUCUGCUCCUGUCCCCCUGGUUACAUUCUGUUGGAUGACAACCGGAGUUGCCAGGAUAUCAACGAGUGUGAGCACAGAAACCACACGUGUAACCUUCAGCAGACUUGCUACAAUCUGCAAGGGGGCUUCAAGUGCAUUGACCCCAUCCGCUGUGAGGAGCCUUAUCUUCGGAUCAGCGAUAACCGCUGUAUGUGUCCUGCUGAGAAUCCUGGCUGCAGAGACCAGCCCUUUACCAUCUUGUACCGGGAUAUGGAUGUGGUAUCGGGACGCUCCGUUCCUGCUGACAUCUUCCAAAUGCAAGCAACGACCCGCUACCCUGGGGCUUAUUACAUUUUCCAGAUCAAGUCUGGGAAUGAGGGCCGAGAAUUCUACAUGCGGCAAACGGGCCCCAUCAGUGCCACCCUGGUGAUGACACGCCCCAUCAAAGGGCCGCGGGACAUACAGCUGGACUUGGAAAUGAUCACGGUCAACACGGUCAUCAACUUCAGAGGCAGCUCCGUGAUCCGACUGCGGAUAUAUGUGUCCCAGUACCCGUUCUGAGCCCCGGGCUGGGGUCUGUGACACUGCCUCUCAGCAGCACCCAGGGACAGGAGAAGAGAAGAAACGAGAGGGAGGGUGACGUGGGACAGAUGUUACGCUUUUCUUGCUGACCGCCUCCCGAGGAGUCGGCCCCGAAUGUCCUGACGCUGCCUGUCCCCUUGUAGACCCGUCGCUCUGAAGGACAUGCUUCCCCAGUUCUUACGACGCAGUUAUCGAAAAGUAUUAUCAGCGCCCUGACCUGAGAUCGACGGUGAUUUUUCAAGGCCUGUCAGUUUAUUUUCAUAUUUUUCGAAGGAAAUAGAUUAGCUUCGCUGGGGUCUGAGUCCGCGUUCAAAGACUGUGAACGGCUUCCUGUCACCUCUUCCACGCCUUCUUGCUGUCUGUCGCUGAUUGCUUCUUUGCCGAGGCCCGGAUUGCUCACGGGGACGCGGGGUGUAGCUAGCUGCUUCUUGUAUGCACAGAGAAGGCUGCGGAAAGAAACCACAGCAGGAUCUAAGGGUUUUCACAGAGUCUAUUUCAAAACCAUGUGUGGUAUUUUCAGCCACGAGAGAAGGUUUAGUUGUCCUUACAUUUGUAUAACUGUCUAAUCCUUUCUUGUGCAUUUUGAGUAUUUUUUUUUUUAAAUAAGUGGUAGAAUUCCUUAAGAAGGCCUUCAGACACAUGUUAUGUUCUGACUUCCCAAACCCAGUCUCCUCUCCAUUCUCUACCCCGGUGUUUUCUUCGAGGACCCCCUACUCAUGUUUUCUUUAGAAUUUUUACCCAACUGGGCUGGAAGGCAGAGGUCUCUAAACUGAUUAAAUAUUUGAAGAGA